GACCGCGUGGUCUUGCUGAGGCGGCGAACUACAGUUCCCAGGGUGCCUUGCGAGACCACAGGAACUACGAUUCCCAGUCCCCCCGCGGCUGAGCGGGGUGGGGCCAGAGCAGCCGUCACGGGGUAGGAAACUACAACUCCCAGGGCGUUGCCGAGCGGGUCGCUGCACUGCCGGAAGCCGCAGGCCGCGGCCAGCGGGACGCCGCUCGGAGGAUCUGGGAUUUAAAGGCUGGUGACGAGCCGCUGGCAUGCUGCGUCCCAAGGCGUUGACCCAGGUGCUAAGCCAGGCCAACACCGGAGGCGUCCAGAGCACCCUGCUGCUGAAUAACGAGGGAUCGCUGCUGGCCUACUCGGGUUAUGGAGACACGGAUGCCCGGGUCACCGCGGCCAUCGCGAGUAACAUCUGGGCAGCCUACGACCGAAACGGGAACCAGGCGUUUAACGAAGACAACCUUAAAUUCAUCCUCAUGGACUGCAUGGAGGGCCGUGUAGCCAUCACCCGCGUGGCCAACCUUCUGCUGUGUAUGUACGCCAAGGAGACCGUGGGCUUCGGCAUGCUCAAGGCCAAGGCCCAGGCUUUGGUGCAGUACCUGGAGGAGCCCCUGACCCAGGUAGCUGCGUCAUAAUGGACAUUGGUGGAAGCUGGAGUCAGCGUCAUGGAGGAGGAGACCAUGGGGGGAGGGCGGGACUGUGGUUUUUGAUUUGUUGUUGUUGUUGUUGAAGAAUGAAAUUCAGCUCCUGU